UGGUAAAAUUAUUCAUUGGUUAGACGAGAUAACACAAGAUAAUAAUAACGAAAGCAAAAAACAAAUCUUAGAAGCCGAUAAAGUCAAACCAGAAUUAAUCGAACCAAAACAUCCGAAUCAAAUAUACACUAGAAAAUCAAUAGAUUCUAAUCAAAUCUCUGAAGGAUUACGUAUCUAA